AUGAAGAAUGUAUGCCGCUUCUUCAUUGAGGGAAAGUGUAAGUUUGGGUCGAAGUGUAAGUAUGACCACGUUCGGUACACUUCUUUGGUAGAUCCGCCUCAAUGGAUUUAUUCCUCUUACAGAGGGCUUGAUCUGAUGGAGAUUUCGCCGGAAGAGGUGCGGUUCGCGCUGAUGUGCGGAGACAUGAAAGAGGUUCUUGAUAAUUUCUGGAUAGGGAAUUAUAUGACUCUGUGUGCGGAAAUGGAUUUUCUCGAAAGUGAUGCCCGAAUUGAGUCGGUGUCCAAUAGAUAUGUGGAUCCUAGAGAAAAUCCUGAUGUCUUUAUGUCACCGUUUGAUGUAAGCAGGGUGCUGAACACGAUAAGGCAGAUGAGGGAGCAAGGGGCGGGAUCUUUGCAGAAAGAUUCUCGGAGAGGCGAUGGUAAUUGGACAGGAGUAUCUUCUGGAUCUCCACGGCAGUACUCUACUGGGGACAGGGGAUAUAGAGACAAAGGGCACGGAUGGGGCUCUGGAGAGCCUAACACCAGGGCAGGAUGGGCUCAAGGAAGCAAGGCUGGAGAUAGAGGGAGCUAUGGAGGGCAUAAGGGGGGAUAUGGAGAAAGAGACCCACGAGGAUUUGUAAGAGAGCCUCCCUAUCCUAAGGGAAAGGACAGUGAGUAUAGACAGAAGAAUGAAUGGGGAUAUGGAAAGAAUAUAAACAGAAAAUAUUCCAAACCAGAAGACGAGUUUGAUAUCCAAGAUAGUCCAUCUUCGUUUACAGGAGCUUAUGGCAGGACAGUACAAAAGACAGGGGAUGGGGCAUGGAUCCAUAGCUCUGAAGCAUUGGGUGAUAGACAGAUUGGAGGUAGAGGCUCGGGAGAUGAGGAGUUUAUCGAAGAGGAUUUUGAGUAUGGAAAGGUUCCUUACAGCUAUAGAAAGCCUAACAGGUGA